GGUAAACAGAAAGAUUAAUGUGAUCCUGGCGGCAGAUGGGGCGAGAUUGUCGGGAUGGAUGUGACAAGUUUUGAAAUGAUUUAUGAUAUGUCAAUAUUAAAUUCGCUUCCGCAAUAUUGUUAAAUACUCCGUACUGUAUAUGUUAUGAAAAAUAUUAUUGAGAUUAAUAAAGUGUGUUUGAAAAGUUUUAAAUUUUACGAUUACCAAGUUAAAUACUUUAGUCCGAAUGGGGCUGCAGACCUGGACGGAUUAGGGUGUUACAUAUGUGGUAUCUCGUACUUUAGUACAGUCUCUCUCUCUCUAACGCAAUGAUGAAGAAGAAAGGAAGGCCAAAGAAAGCUAAUGGAUUUGGGAAUACGUUGGGUGAGAAUCGGGAAUCACCUAAUAACAACAACGUAGUACAGAAUUUGAAGAACACCUGUAAGGAUUCUUCGGAAACCAGUGGAUCGGAGCGCAAUGACGAAAACCCUAAGACUACACCGGAAGAGAAUGGCGUACAGGAGAAGGAGAAAGAUCUGAAGGAGCAAUCACUGAAAUCGUAUGCGGAAGCGGUGGGAUUUCCGAAACCGAUUGAACUAGAUCUGAAAUUUGUGCAAUCUAAAGAGGUGAGUGGCAUUCAGGUAGCGAAAUUUACCAAGGAUGACGUUGUGGAACAAUCAAGGUACUGGGAUUCUGCUAUGAUACUUUGCGUUUUGGGAGCUAAUCCCCCAAUAGAUGUUAUUAAGUGCUUCAUAGUAAGAAUGUGGAAAAUGUAUCCCAUAGAUGAGGUUUCUUUAUUGAAAGAAGGACAGUUUAUUGUUAUGUUCCAAAAAGAAGAAGACAGAGAUGAGGUGAUAAAGAGAAAGUAUUAUUACUUUGAUAACAAACUAGUAUUAGUGUGGAAAUGGAAACCUGGGAAGAAGGUAGAUAUCACAGAACUUAAGGAUAUCCCCAUCUAGAUACAAUUCCCUGAUCUGGAUAUCAAAAUUGAAAAACAACUUUUACAAAGAAAUUGGAGAAGAAAAAGAAAUUGACAAAUAUAGGGUUACCAAUUGUUGAAGAAGAUGAAGAAAUUGAAGAAUUGGAGCUUGAAGAAACCGCCUAACCUAUCACCGCCGACCAUCGUCGAACUCCGGCGAGCCGUGGUCGGCCGCUGUCUACAUCUCCGCCGGUGGGUUGCGUCAAUAGCAGCGGCCAAAGCCGCUGCUCAAUUUUCUGUUGGGUGCGAUUCCCUCCCCCUUUUUGCCACUUGAUGUAUGUCGCCCAUUUAUAGCAGCAAGGAGCGCUAUUUCCCAUUGAAAAAUUAUUUCCGUUGCUGAAUUGAAUGAGGAGCCUAGGAGAAGGAGAGACGUUGGAGGAGUUACGCUG